AUGGCAAGAAAUGAGGAGAGACGGCGCAAGGAAACGCCGGCCCGAAAAAAGGCAUGCAAGCAGUGCACGCAGGCCAAGGUGCGCUGUGGGCACCAGAGACCGCGGUGCUCGCGAUGCGUAUCGCGAAACCUGGACUGCGAAUAUUUCACCUCUCCAGGCCGGUCGUCGACCUCUUUAAACACCGCUGGACCAGAGCUGCUUGACACACCCGUUUCUCUCAGCAACACAAGCACCUUUGACACGGUACCAUUCCCGGUGGCCAGCACCUCCGCGCAGGUCGCCGGUACUUCCAGUACUACUACUACUAGUCCAGCAUCACACCCUCUAACCAGUCCUAUCUCGCGACAUGCUCCAGUCUCCGAGGCAGACGCAUCGGUCUUGGAUUUCACUAAUCUCGAUCUAGUCCCCGUGGCAGACAGCGUCGAGAUCCAGAACCGUUGGCUGAAAUCCUUCUUUUCAUCCGGGGACCAGAUCCCUCGGAAACACUUCCACCCUCACACCAUCCAGUUCGCGUCGUGCGUUCUGAGAUCGUAUCCAAAGUAUAUGCUGCGAGAUGGAGGGAUGCCUCCGUUCAUCCAUCCCCUACAGGUGGACAGGAGAUGGCUUCCGGUGCCGUUGGCAAACUGCUACAGUCUUGUCCGGCUGUGGGAAACCCGCGUCCAGGGCAGCGAAGCCAUCGUCAUCGAUACAGUAAAGCGGGAGAUGGAGCGAUUGCUCUCUGAGCACAGUUCCUACAAUGAGAUGGAUCUUCUCGCUGCCUUCCAGGCAUAUCUGAUCUACGUCAUGCUGGCAUACUUUUCGCCCAUCGGAGAUGGGAAUCUCGUCGAUCAUUCUACGAUCAUGAAUCUGCAGGAGCUCGCGUGUCGAGUGUCCUCCAACGGUCUCUUGUGCGCCGCCGAGCUGUCGCAUACGCGGCCGCGCUGGGAGUCCUGGCUCGUGGCGAGUGCGAAACGACGCACCAUCCUCACGAUGUACCUGUUCAGCAACAUUUUCAAUGCCAUGAAUGACAUGCCGGUCUAUCUGGCCGUUGAGCUGAAGCACAUCCCGGUGUCGUCGAACAGGCUGCUCUGGGAAGCCCCGGACCGCACUGGAUGGGAAGGAGAAUACGAUCGACACCUGUUGGUCUGGGAGGACGGAGAGUUUUUAACUUCAGAGCUCUGGCGAUCCCCGGAGACGGGCACACCGGCGCGACGGGAGAGGAUUGACCGAUGGCUGCGCACAGCGGAUGACUGGGGGAUAAUGCUGUUUGCGACAGCGGCGCAUCUCCAUGGAUGCUAA